AUGCCUUCUGAGUGUUCUCCCACUCGCUGCUCUUCUGAGUCUGGUGCCAGGGCUUCUGAUCACCCAUCUGUUUCAACGCGUUCUAUGAAAACGACUUGUCUCCCUAACACCUGUGCUACAACCAGAUGCCAGACCCCCACCUUCCCAUCCACGUCUCGCUUGUCAACUGGUUGCCUCACACCAUGCUACUUUGCUGGGAGUUGUAAUAUUCCAUGCUUGGUGGGGAACUGUCCUUGUUGUGAGGAUGGGGUGUUCAACAGCAACGAGAAGGAGACAAUGCAGUUCCUGAAUGACAGACUCGCCACCUAUCUGGAGAAGGUGCGUGGCCUGGAAGAGGAGAAUGCAGCACUGGAAUGCAGGAUACGAGAACAAUGUGAACAGGAAAUCCCACUGGUGUGUCCUGAUUAUCAGUGUUACUUUGACACCAUUGAAGAUCUCCAACAAAAGAUUUUGUGCACGAAGGCAGAGAAUUCUAGACUUGCUGUACAGCUUGACAACUGCAAACUGGCUGCUGAUGACUUUAGGUCAAAGUACGAGAGUGAACUGUCCCUUCGCCAGCUGGUAGAGACUGACAUCAGUGGCCUGCACAAGAUCCUGGAUGAGCUGACCCUGUGCAGAUCUGACCUGGAGGCCCAUGUGGAGUCCCUGAAAGAUGAUCUCUUUUGCCUUAAGAAAAGCCAUGAGGAGGAGGUCAACCUGCUUCUUGGACAGCUUGGUGACCGACUCAGUGUGGAGCUAGACACUGCCCCCACGACCGACUUCAACAGGGUCCUGGAUGAGAUGCGUUGUCAGUAUGAAACAGUGCUCGCCAACAACCGCAGAGACGUGGAAGAAUGGUUCGCUGUUCAGACAGAGGAGCUGAAUCAGCAGCAGCUGUCCAGUGCAGAGCAGCUGCAAGGCUGCCAGACGGAGAUCUUAGAACUGAAACGCACAGCCAACGCUCUGGAGAUUGAGCUCCAAGCCCAGCAAAACUUGACAGACUCUCUGGAAUGCACUGUGGCAGAGACCGAGGCCCAGUACAGCUCCCAGCUGGCCCAGAUGCAGUGCCUGAUCGAUAACGUGGAGACCCAACUGGCCGAGAUCCGCUGUGACCUGGAGCGGCAGAACCUGGAGUAUGAGGUGCUGCUGGACACAAAGGCCAGGCUGGAGUGUGAGAUCAACACGUACCAGGGCCUCCUGGACAGUGAGGAUGGCAGAAUUCUUUGUAACCGUGGUUCUACAACACACACAUCAAGCAACACCUGUGAGCCGUACUCAACCUAUGUCAUGUGCACAGCUGAAAACUGCUGUGCUUGAAUGUUGACACCAGGCACAGCUGAUGGAGGAAUUGAAGCCAGUCCACUUCAGGUCCCAAGAAAGGAAAUGGGGCUUCAACCGGGGAUAUCCAAGCCUGAAAUGCACACCAGGAAGGCUUUUGUAUCCUAAAGUUGUCCUCUAAGCAUCUUCGGUAUAUCUCUGCUUUAUCAUUUCCUCUCCUGCGUGCUAAUUUGUGCUAUUCUAGGAGCCCACAAAGCUUUCUUGCUCAUCUCCAAAUAAAAUGUGUUUCAUUCCUUUGGGAUGGUAAAUACAACUUUGUAGUUCAUUACUGUUGCUAUAGUAAUCUAGGUCUUACAAAUGGUCAUUUGAUCCAGGAAGAA